AUGACCCCAGACUCUGAUACGCGCCCGGGGGUGCCCAAGAGCUCUUCCGGAAGCGCAGUUCCGUCCAAUUCGACAUCAAACACAGCUCACCAGACCCCUCCAAGGCUGCGGCCGCCAAGAUCGCUUCCGCCAUGGAUCGAUUCGUACAAGGAGGAACAUGACGAUGCAGCCAGCGGGAAGCCUCCGGAGCUCAGCAUCCCCCCCCGCGCCGUUGCACCCCAACCCAAUUCAGUGCCACAAGAACCACUGCGACGAGUUUCCAGGGACGGAUUCAUAGACAUCGAGGACCCGACACUUGGCCCAGCACAAAAGGUACGGGCCCGUAUACCGCACUUUUUGCGCUAUGGCAGGGCCUCUAUGCGAGGCCGCAAAUGGGACCAUUUGCGGUCGGCAGAACCCGUCAUUGUUGCUGGUCACCACCCAUCGCCUUGGCGGCCCCAAGCAACAUGGCACGACUUUAUCGCAUCCUCUAAAUGGGGUCGACCACAGAAUGAGAGAUCGCAAGUGGUGGCUCCAGAAUACUUGAAUGACUUGUAUCCAAACUUCAAUCGUCAGACGACGCUGGAUUUGGACAUGAGCCGCCCGCGACAAACCCGGCGGAGACGAGCACUGGGAGGCUGGAAACGACUGUGGUUGAUGGCGCUCAACCAUUCGCUAUCUCCUCUAGUAUUCCGACUGAUCGUCAUCAUCACCUCGAUUAUCGCCUUGGGAAUUGCCGCUCGCAUAUAUCGGCUAGAGGUGGUGGGGGGCAGGACGGGUGGUGCCGAGAGCACACAAUCCCUUUUUGCUGUUGCGGUCGACACAGUAGCGAUCCCAUACUCGGCCUACAUGAUACGGGACGAAUACACGGGAAAACCUCUAGGUUUGCGACCAGCCGUGGAUAAAAUGUCUCUCAUCUUGCUUGACCUCUUCUUCAUCAUAUUCAAAUCCGCCAGCACAGCGCUCGCCUUUGAGGCGCUGUUGUAUCACAACGUCAGCCUGGAGCCGAUACGGAAGCUGGCAGAUGGACUGGCGGCCCUUAUGCUUAUUGGGUUGCUUGCAUGGACCAUGAAUUUGUCGGUGAACGUUUUUCGUGUAAUAGAAAAACUCGGCGGCCGGGAAGACGACGGCCAUGUAUAA